AUGGACGUCACCAGCGGCAUGCGGCCCAUCUUCGGAGGAUACCCGUUUCAAGGUCAGGGACGCAUGAAUCAACUGGGCGGCGUCUUCAUCAACGGCCGGCCGCUUCCGAAUCACAUCCGAUUGAAAAUCGUCGAGAUGGCAGCCGCCGGUGUCCGGCCUUGCGUUAUCUCGCGGCAGCUCCGCGUUUCUCACGGCUGCGUUUCGAAAAUCCUGAAUCGGUACCAGGAAACGGGAUCGAUCAGGCCGGGCGUGAUCGGUGGUAGCAAACCGAGGGUUGCCACCCCCGAGAUCGAAUCAAGGAUCGAGGAAAUGAAGAGGGAUAAUCCUGGAAUAUUCUCGUGGGAGAUCAGAGAAAAGCUGGUCAAGGAAGGCUUCAUGGAUCCUCCAAGCGUCAGUUCCAUCAGCAGGUUACUUCGCGGUGGCCGACCUGGUGACGAUGGGAAAAAGGACUACACCAUCGAUGGUAUAUUAGGCGGCAGCCGAUGCGGAGAGGAAUCUGACACGGAAAGCGAGCCGGGCAUUCCGUUGAAGCGAAAGCAGCGCAGAAGCAGGACGACGUUCACCGGGGAACAACUAGAACAAUUAGAGACCGCGUUCCAACGUGCUCAGUAUCCGGACGUCUACGCGAGGGAGGAACUCGCUCAAAGAACUGGCCUCACCGAGGCGAGAAUUCAAGUAUGGUUUAGCAAUCGCAGAGCGCGGUUGCGCAAACACACGGGUAGCAUAGCACACUCGGUAGCCAAUUUGCCGUUAACACCUUGCCAGUACGCUAGCCACGAGCUUGCACAAAUACCGCAGGUACCGCAAAUGCCACCCGGUAUAGCUCAGGUACCGUCCGCGUUGCACCACAGUCCGACUGCAUUACAACAGACCGGCAUUCACCAAGUACCUGGUACCACUGUCCAGAUGUCGAGUACGACGUCCUCCGUGGCCCAAGCGCCUUCCACGCUAAGCAGCGCCCUGCAAGGACACGCCGCUUCGAUCUCGGGACAUUUAAGCACUCUCCAGGGACACGCGAUGCAGCUUGGCCAGGUACCUGGCAUCCAACCUCCCGCGGCUCAUGCACCUGCCACCCUGCAUAAUCCUGGUAACGCCGACUGGUCCAGGGCGCAACUUAGCUGGGGACAGUUCAAUCACUUCCAAGGUGAAUACACGUCCAGUCAUUCGAGUCAUCAGCAUUCUUCGCACGCGAGUCAUGCUGGUGGUACGCCGUCGUCCUCCGGUACCGGGAAUUCUGCAUCGGCGGCGGAAUGGUACGACCAGGGGUACGAUUAUUCCCAACACGCUCAACUCAACUAUCAUCGAAGCGUGGGCGGCAUAUUUUAA